AUUCGACAUGACACCCAAGCUCCUCUGCUCCCUGUCGCGCCACUGACCAAGAAAAGCACCCGUAGGCCACACCCAUGUCUGAAGAAGGACCGGCCGCGAUUCCGGAGCUUGUCUUCGUCCCAUCCACGGGCUGCGGCAUUGGCCGAACGCUCGAACCGGAUCUUGACGCGCGCGCGCAUCUCGACGUAUACAAACAAUGGCGCUCCUUAAUCCCACUUUCAUAUUUGGCAUUCUAGUCCUGCUCUACCUGUCGUCUUUUAUCGUCUUUGCCGUCAUACGCAUCCUCACGGGCAUAUCAAUCCAGCGCAUCGGCUACUUUUCUUUGCGCAGACUCGCCUACACGCCCCACGAUGGCCUCCGAAUCGAGAUCCGUGGCCUUGGCCUCAAUGUCCACCGCCCCACCUUCGCCCAGCCGACCUGGCUAAGCAUCGUCGUACACGAGCUUGCUGUCACGCUAGACAUUAGGGAGCUGGAGCGCAGCAAGGCCAACGCCGCCGUUGCCGACGAGGGGGGUUCUGAUGGUGGGACCGCCGACCGAAAGCCCGAGUCUGCGGCCGAUGCCCCCAAGACACCGAAGACGCCUAGGACGCCUAGGACGCCGUCAGGACGGCGCGACGCAGCCGCGGAGGGCCGGAGCAAGACAUGGAAGCAGCUAAACAGGGUCAAGGAGCGGGUCAAGCGCCUGCACCGCAAGGUGAACUGGCUGCGCAUGGUCGACGUUGUCGCCACCAACUCGACCGCACGCAUCGUUGAUGUGGGCAAUAUCCAAGUCGGCAGCUUUACCAUGGCGGUGGAUACUAGGCGAAAGAUGGUGGACCGCGCGCGCUUCUUUCUGCAAGGCAGAUCGGAUCAGAAGGGCCAGAAGCAGCAGGCGGAAUGGAUCAUGACCCUGCGGAGCGUUCUGUUUACCGCCCACGGGGGCGAAUCUUUAGAAAUUCUCGACACCGCCAGUCUCAACAUUCACGGAUUUCUCUACGAGGCAUUCGACGGCCUCCGCGACGCUGCCGUGGCCUUGAAGCUCGGCCGCGUCCAUAUGCCAUACGACGACGUGCGACACAGCGCCGCCAAGUACCACAAGAUCAAGGCCCAGACCAGCGAGUCCUCUCCCGAACUCGAGCCCCUGGAUACUAUCGUCGAGCAGGUGAUGCAGGAGCUAGACGAACCGGGGAGCGCCAACAACGAGUUGAUGCAGACAGUUUCCGACUCAAAGGAGCUGGUUAGCUCCGCUCUCAGAGGAGUCAAGGAAGUCCAGUUUGCUGUCAGCUUCAUCGGCUUCACCAAGAAGAUUGAAGCUGUCAAGGCGGGCGGCUCCCCGAUCCUCAUGAACGCGUCCAUGAAAGAGGUUGGCAUCGACCUCCACCGACUUGACCCAAAGUCUCCAGCCCACAGAAUGUAUUUCCCUUCCAAGGACAUCGCCCACGAAGCCUUGGCUGCCGCGCUAUCCAUCUCCGUCGGCCUCGACGACGGCCAUGGCAAGCCAGAGCGGCUCAUGUACAUCCCCAUGGCGACGACAACCGUCCGCACUACCCUGCCGUCUAAAACAGUCGAGCUGUCCGACGAAGGCACGGCCGAAGAGCGGAACGCGAACAUUCUCUUCGCCAACUCGGUUGUGACAUCCCCGUCCGUCGAUCUUGACCCCCGGCAUCUCCCCCUUCUCCUGGCGAUGCUGCAGCGGAAGCCAAAAUUGGCAAAGGCCCAGCCUCCCCAGGAGCGGCAUAUGCUUAUAUCGCGGCUUCUACCCAAGGCAAACAUCAAGUUCUCGAUGCAUGAGCCAGUCGUCCGGAUAGCGUUACCCCCAGUCCAGAAGACGUUUGAUCCUGAUGAGUUUGACCUGAUCAUAUCAUCCAUCUCCUCCGUCUCCCUGGACAUGGAAUCGUUCCACUCGGCAGUCGAGGAAAUGCAUUAUUCGUUGGCUGCUACAAUGAGAGUCCAGACGCACAAUUUGUACUAUCAGACCUCGGCGGGCAAUAGGUUUGACCUUCUCGAGACCGAGUCGUUUGACCUGAAAGUUGAGCUGAACGCGACUCCGAACGUCCAUGUUGUCGCUACUGGGAACCUCCAGACUCUCUCAGUCAAGAUGAUUAGAGAAGAGAUUGGGGGCGGGUUGCGCCAGAUAGUGCGGCAACUACGGCUCAACAUCGAGCCGGACAAGAGGGCCUUCUCAAAGACGGCCAAGCAGUCAAACUUUCUACGCGCCAUGCCCGCUUGGCUGUUGCAUUUCCAACUGCAAUGCUCCGACUUUAGCGUCGAGGUGGCAGGCGUGGAUAAGGACAUCUCGGAGGACUCGAGGGGUGUUGCGAUUCAGCUGGACUCAUGGUCAGCCGAGUACCGCGCGCAGAGGCUGGAUGGGUUACAGAGGCGGCCCGAGAGACGCAGAGCCGGCAGCCGCUCGUUGAUGCCCCCUGACAUAGAUCAAUUAAGGGCGGUUCCAGCUUCGCCUAGGAAGAAGUUCCAGCACGAUGGUGACGGUCGCCGUGUGGCAUUCCAUGUCCGAGGUCUGGAAGCGUUCAUAGUCGAGUCUGCAGAAAAGUGGGAGGUCGAGCCGUUCGUGAAUAUUCCCCGCUUCGAGAUUGCCUUCUCGACACUAAGCGACAACCAGGGUCCGGUGUUCCACAUUCACUCCCACAUUAGGACCGUACUCAUCCAGUACUCACUUUAUCGCCACUACGCUGUAGGGGUGGCAACCUCUGUUCUCCGGAAAGCGUUUAUGAGGACUAGCAAAGACAUGGCGUCUCCAAACGCGCCCACCCCAGCGACGUCGCAGAGGCGGGUAGUUGGCCACCUUUCGCCCCUGGCAAGCGCUUCCGCUCCAGAUUUCCCCUUGAACGACAAUGACUCUGCAAGAGCCGUGCAGGAACUUGUCGCCGUCGACAUCAAGGCAAUGCUUAUCCAGAUCAAGGCGGAGAUGCCUUCUGACCCCCCUUUGAUGCUGCAGGUCUACAGCAUGGAAGCCGGCCGCCACCGGUGGGCGCCCCCCUAUCUGCAGUCGAAACUGAUACGGCUAUACGCCGAGGCCCCUAGAAUGCGCCGAGUCUGGGCUAGAAUCCUCAGCAUCAAGAACGGUCGGGUAGACUAUCGCGAGUCGCGAAGGAAAAUGUCCUCUGGGGCCACGCAAGACGAGCGAAUGUUUGAUAUUGUCUCCGAGACGAUUCGCCUCGCCGUACCCCACGAAAUGAUCAUGCACAAAGUGUCAGACAAUCUAAUAAAUGUGACUAAAUCCGUGUUACAACUUCAUCACAGGUUCAAAACUGGCACAAACGAGUAUAUCCUGGAGAAAGGGCCAGAGGGUCCCAAGCACGUUCCCAAGAUCUCGCUGCGAACGCGAACGCUGUUGUUCGAGCUCGAGGAUGGCGCGUUCGAGUGGAAACUUGGAAUGAUAUACCGGGCCGGACGCGUCGAGCAGAUGCAGCGCCAAGCUCGUGAAGAAGCCUUCCGCGUGAAGAUCAAAAAGAUCCACGAGGACGAGUCUAGGAGGGAGUCGACCAAGCUGCGGACACGAUCCGCGGCCCCGGGAGGCCGGAAUGCAUCCGGCAAGUCUCACACCAGAAGCCGUAGCACAGAUGGCCAUUCACGUUCGGCCAGCAAUGAUCUUGGCCGUGGGCGCAGGCCUAGAUAUGACCCCGACGGAGGCUUCUUAGGAUUCAGUGGAAACGCACGAGUUUCCAUAGCAGAAGCACGAGAUAACCUUGAUUUGCACAAUGCAAAGAGUUGGAAACAGCGCAUCGACCGGCACUACGUGAUGGCGAGGAACGGAAUGGAGGACCUCCAGGCCCUCUUUUGGGGCGUCGAUGAGAUACCCGACGACAUGGACGACAGCGAAAGAAUCUUGGAGGUUCCGCACCGGCCGGCCCUCAUGUCUACGCUCAUCCAUGACCUUCACUUUGCUAUCGACAAACCUUCGUUUCCGAUGCAUGAGCUUCCGGACUUUUUGUACAAGGUUGGCAAAGGCAUGCCCAAGGAUAUGCAAAUCUCACUUCGAGACUACCCGCUUCCGUUGCUGCAUGUCCCGGCCACGAAACCGGGCCAGUCUUCCCGGCUGCCGGCUUUGUCGAUGAAGACAGACUUCGUGAUAGCCGAGGAGUACAGAGGUCCAGAUUCUACCCGGAAGAUCAAGGUCCAGAUUGUCCCUCCACGAAACCUAGGCUCCAUGUCAUCUAAGGAAGGCAGCUUCGCCAUCGACGUACGGAGGACAAUCGGGCCUGUCAAGUCAUUUUCAGACAUGAACAUCGAGAUACACACGGCCAACCCAACCCGAAUAACCUGGGGCCCCUCGUACCAGCCUGCAAUUCAAGACAUGAUGAUGGCGAUCGAAUCUCUAACCAAGCCCCAGCUCGACCCCUCCGACAAGGUCGGAUUCUGGGACAAGAUCCGGCUCAACUUCCACUCUCGGGUCCGCGUCGCAUGGCUGGGAGACGGCGAUGUCCACCUAGCGUUGAAGGGCACUAGAGAUCCGUACUCGGUCACCGGAAACGGUGCAGGCUUCCUCAUGUGCUGGCGCAACGACGUCAAGUGGAACGUCCAUACCGACGACGACCCGAAGCGCGUCAUGUGCGUCGAAAGUGGCGAAUACGUCCUUGCAAUUCCAGACUACAGCCACCAAGUCCGCGAGACGCGCCGCCAGCACGGCGAAGACGCCAGUAUGGCUAGUGAUACCAGCCAUAAGCCGGGCGCCGCUUUCAAAAAGGUUGUGAUGAAGCUUUCUGGCAAGGUGCAGUGGCUGGCCGGCCUUGUCUUCGAGCGAGCCAUCGAGGGGGGGAGUAGAAGCUUCGAGUUCAAGCCGCACUACAAAGUUGUGCUGAAGUCGCCGCACCGUGCCAAACCCCAGGACGGCGUUCCGUACGAUGCCUUUCGCGGGUUUCGCAGCCAGCAUAUACAUUUGUCUGUGGCCGUGCGCGCUCCAGUCGACCGCGAAUGGACGGCCUCAAACGCCGAGCCGUCGCGUAGUUACAAUACGGUCCAUGUCACUCCCCGCUUCUUCACCCAUUUCUUUGCCUGGUGGUCCCUGUUUUCGGGUCCGCUCUCUCUUCCCAUCCGCCAGGGCUCUCUCUGGCCAGGCCGGGAGAAGAACAGCAAAAAGUUUGGCAGGCACCUUGCCACAAUCAAGUACAGCCUCCUGCUGGCGCCCCUAUUCCUUAGUCACAUCUAUAAGCACAAAGACGCAGAGGAUCCCCUGGAAAACUCGGUCUCGGCAACCGGCAUCAAAGUUCGGUUUGACAGCUGGAUGCUUGACCUGCACCAGAGGCGCGAGGAGUUCAACACUCGAGAUCGGGGCCGCAAGACGCAGACAAGAACAAGCGGCAUGAAGAUCCACGCGGGGCAACUUGAUCUCGUAUCUGCCGAUAUCCGCGCCGUCUCGGCUAGCAUUCGAGGCACAACGGCCGAGACCCUGGCGAAGAAGUCGCUCUCGACCUUUGUCACGGACCAGGGCGAGGACGGGAUUGAUCUGUCUCGGUUCACUAUUCCAGACAAUGACCUGACGUGGAUCGAUAUGGACGACUUUGUCGAGCUCGACUGGAUCCUCCCGACAGAGCCCAACCCCGAUACCAAGAUCCUACCGCUAGCAUUCGCGCCUCGCAUCACGUACUUUCGCCAGACGGACAUUGGCGGCAUCAUCGACGGUGACCCAGACCGGAGUAGUCCUUUUGGGAAGGAGCCAACUCAUAUUUGCAUCAUGAGCGAAGAUGACGAUCCUAGGAGGGUCCAGAGUCAGCUCAUCCGGCGACGGUUAGAACAGCUCGACGAGCAGGUCGAGACUCACAACAGGAACUUAGGAGAGAUUGAACUUCGUCUCGUCCGAGGUGAUCUAUCUAACAUUGAACUAAGAGCAGAGUUCGAGGCCCUAAGCAGACACACAGGCGUCUUGGCUGAAAAGAAGACCUUUUUGGAGGGCAUGCUCAGGGAGAUGCUUCAGGGCAGCGAAGACCAAGAACACUGCGAAACCAAGGAAGUCCCCGCUGUCGCCCCAACCCUCAAGGGUAGCAUGACGACCCCUACCGCCGCUGAGUUUGCGAGCGACUUCAAGAACCGCUUUGUUGUGCACAAUAUGCAACUAAAAUGGAAUAACACGCUCCGAAACAUCAUCCUCCGGUACAUCCACCAGGUUAGCCAACGUCGGGGUUUUAUCUACUACCUCUCCCGCCCAGCAGUCAAGUUUAUCCUCGAUAUUGUAGAAGAGCAGGCCAAGUCAAAGACUGCCAGGAACGGCAGUGGCUCCCCCGGUGGUCCUGGCAGCACUCCCGAUAUCAAUAAAACAGACCGCGAGAUCCAAAAGGACAUUGAGGAUCGGAUACGCAAGAUAUUGCAGGACGGCAAGAAGUUUGCCAAUGCCGAUGACUCUAGCGCACAGCCAAGUACGUCCAUGGCAGACCUGUCGAGCGGUCUCGCGGACGAGUUCACGCCCCAGAACAGCUACCACGUCCGGCUGAUUGCGCCUCAGAUACAGCUGCAAAGCGACAAGAACAAGAAGCACGUGGUCCUCAUCACGGCCAAGGGCAUGGAGCUCAAAGUAGUCGAGGUUCUCGAUAAGAGCAGAAUAUCCGACAACGUCAGCGGUCUCGUGCAGCGGCGUUUCCUAGUCAACAUGGACAGCACCCAAUUCUUCGUCACACACCAAAAGUGGUUUUCGACACAACUGGUGUCCAUGUAUUCGGGCAACUCGUACGGCACUCCGUCAGGUUCGUCGUGGCCGCCUUGGGUUCCGAUGGAGGUCAUGUUCGACUUCCAGACCGACCCCUUCGGAUUCAAGCGUGUCGUGCAAAAGACAUCGGCCAUGCUCCGCUACGACAAAUACAACACGCUCCGGCUCAAGUACAACGAUGAAGUCAAUACGAGCGGGGGCGCAGCAGUCGCCUUGCAUGACGGCAACGAGAGCAGGAUGGACAAUCUCUGGGUUGAAUUCCCCCAGGCCCACGCGUUGUGCAAUUCGUCGCAGUACUACGCCAUCUAUGUCAUUGUACUAGACCUUUUAAUGUAUAGCGAACCACUGGAGAAGACGCGCAACGAGAGAUUAGAGAAGAUCAUGCUUGCCUCGGACUUUAGCGACCUGAGGGGGGCUCCGGAAAUGCUCAUCCGGCUGCAGGAGCGUGUCCGGCAGCUCGAGGACAUCAAAACGCACUUCCAGAUCCAUUCGAAGCACCUAGACAAGAGGGGAUGGAAAGACAAGAUGGUGCUCGAGCGCGAUCUGGCCGCGUGUGAAGACGAGCUGUUCUUCAUGAUGAAGGCCAUUACCACGUCCCAGAGGAAGUUUGACAAUACGGACAGCAGCGCCCUUCUGAAGUGGAGCAUCACAGUCAAGGAGAUUGUCUGGCAGCUCAUCCGCGACAACAACGAGCCUCUGGUGGAGCUACAGCUCAAGAACGUCGAGUACGACCGCACAGACAAUUCAGACGGGUCCCACAUCAACCUGAUUCAGGUGGGACGGAUUCUUGGUCUCAACCUGCUUACAGAUGCCAUCUACCCGGCCAUGGUCGCGCCCUACGUCGAGGGGGACACGGGCGGCUUUGAUACCGGCUCCAAGCCCAUGAUCAGGGUGUACUGGAACAUGCUCGAAGCUAUUGCCGGAAUUCCCGUCAUGGACCACUUUGAGGUGAACCUGUUCCCCCUCAAGAUCCAGCUGGAGCGCGAAGUCGGGAAGAAGCUGUUCGAAUACAUCUUCCCAGGCAUGGAAGGGGACAAGCAGUCGGAGGGCAAGAACGACUCCCCUUUUAUGAUCAAGCAGACGCUUGGCGGUGAGGACGACGAUGGCGCUGACGACGAGUCCCUCAGUGGAUCUGGCCUGCUCUCUGUCAUCGACAAGGACAAAGAGUCAGUACCAUUUUCAACGCGGCCUGGGUCUUUGGAGCUGCGUCUACGGCCCACACUAACCUCAGACCCGGACCCGAAACUCAACAAGCAAAAGGCGCUAAGCAUCCACUCGGGCGAGGGUACCUCGUUCCGUUUGUUCCGGUCCGGGACUGGGUUCAAGUCGGUGGCAAAGAAACGAUCCGUCGAGUCUCUGCGCGGAAUCACGCCGCGACCUGGCGUAGGGCGGACGUCGACUGGACUGUCGUCCAAGGACGGUGCCUCGAGUAACAGCGAGUCAAGGAGGGGAUCUCGCUUUGCGCUGCGGCACAGAGCGAACCCCGAGGAAGAAAAAGCCAAAAAGUCGGAUGAUCUUACCAAGAUGAUUGACCGCGCCUCCAACUACAUGACGUUUGCCUACAUCAAGAUGCCCUCGGUUGUGCUCUGUCUCAGCUACAAGGGUAAGGGCGACCGGAACCUGGAGGACGUGCACGACUUUGUCUUCAGGCUACCCACCAUUGAAUACCGCAAUAAGACGUGGUCGAACCUCGACCUCGCGUUGGCGCUCAAGGGCCGGGUUAUCAAGGCACUGAUCAGCCACACCGGGGCCAUCAUUGGCAACAAGUUCUCCAAGCACAGGCCGAGCACGGCGCAGCAGUCCAAGCUUCGCGAACUCGCGACCAGCUCGGUGCUGCUGGCAACGUCGCAAUUGCCCGACUCGCGAGACAACAGCGGCGAUGACUCUUCUUCACUGUACGGCACUUCGCCGGUUGACUUUUCUCGGUCACCCCCUCGGUCCAUCAGACGGUCGCAGACGUCGAUACCGGUCCCGUCGAGCCGGAGCUCCAGCAUCGCCUCGUCUCGGUCGCACAGAUCUGGACAGGGCACGGUCAAUGUCAAUACACAGCCUGCUGGUGCGGUACCCACCUUCCUGAUGGCGCCGCCGACACCGCAUGACCGGACGCCUACAUCGUCGAACGAAUGGGGGGGGCACAGGGGUGCCUUCAGUCUCUUGCGGCCGGCGUCGAGCGGCGGAUCCAGGCUGUUUGGGGGAAGCGUGGGCCCCCGGCCUGGAAGCUCCAGCGGGACUGGCCCAGUAGUUAGCAAUGGCGGCGGAGACGAGACUCCAGACCGCAGAAAGCCGGCUAGCGGAGGGUUCCGUGACAAGCUGAGCGCGUUGACACAUCGGCUGAGGGAGCGCGAAGGCUCCAGUGUCUCGGCUCUGGCUGCCGCGCCCGCGCCGGCGCCCGAUGCAAGCGAAAGCGGUGACGAAGGCAGCAUCGUGUCUGGGAGUGGAGACGGCAAGAGGCCUAAGCUGCCCACCUCGAUCGAACACUCGCUGGUAGACGUGCAGCGCGACGCGCUGUACAACUAUGAUGCGGCGGCGCAGCGCGUGGCGAACGAGAAGCGGCCCUGGGCCAGCGACCCCAAAUACUUCAAGACGGUGCGCAUCGGCGCCGUCGCCCUUAUCAAGAUGGUCAUGCACGCGCGGUCCGGCGGCUCGCUCGAGGUCAUGGGCCUGAUGCAGGGCUACGUCGACGGGCCCGCCCUCGUCGUGACGGAUGCCUACCGCCUGCCCGUCGAGGGCACCGAGACGCGCGUCAACGCCCAGGACGACGCCAACGAGUACAUGGUCGAGUACCUACGCCUGUGCCGCGAGGAGAGCCGGCUCGAGAACGUCGUCGGUUGGUACCACAGCCACCCGGGCUACGGCUGCUGGCUGAGCGGCAUCGACGUCGGCACCCAGGCCAUGCAGCAGCAGUUCAACGACCCCUUCGUGGCCGUCGUCGUCGACCCCGACCGCACCAUCAGCGCCAGCAAGGUCGAGAUCGGCGCCUUCCGCACGUUCCCCGAGAACUACAAGCCGCCGCCGCGACCCGACGGCGGCGACGGAGAGAAGAGAACCGCCGACGCCGAUCAGACGGUGCCCCUGGCUAAGGUCGAGGACUUUGGCGCGCACAGCGACCGCUACUACUCGCUCGAGGUGGAGCACUUCAAGAGCACGCUGGACAGCAAGCUGCUCGAGCUGCUGUGGAACAAGUACUGGGUGCAGACGCUGGCGCAGAACCCGCUGCUGACCAACCGCGACUACGCUAGCAAGCAGAUGGCCGACCUCGGGCUCCGCGUCAAGGACUCCGCCCAAACCAUCUCGCGCGCCAGCCGCCCCGGCGGCCAGUCGUUCACCUCGAGCGGCAGCCCCAAGGACAACGAGCAGAACAUUGCCAAGGUGGUCCGCGACGUUAGCUACGUCGCGACCAAGGAGCGCGCCGGCUUGAUGGCGGGCGAAGUCAAGGCGAAGCUGUUUAGAACUGAUGGGGAGGGAGCCGCGAGCUGAUGGGCGGGGACCCUACACAGAGGCUUCAGAUUGAGGGAGGGGCCCGGGCAGGCAAGACAGUUUUCUAGUCUCCAGGCGCGGGAAACAACCACGAGUACGGUGGUGGUGCGGUGGUGAUUGAUGCGGCGGCGAGGGGAGGGCCAAGUGCCGAUCACACACACACACGCACACACACACCACUCUCUUCCCUCCCUCACCCCUUCAACCGCUGAGGCAACUCCCUGCCGCAAUGACCCAU